AGGUACUGAGACUGAGACUGGGGAUUGAAACUCAGUGUCAUGUUUGGUGAUCAGAGACUAAAACUAAAAUUUCAGUCCCUUAAAUACCUCUAGAAAGUGAGGACACAGGGAAUUGAAAUUUUUGGAUACAUAGACUGAAACUGUACUAAUAUUUCUUUCCUAAAAUGCCCUCAUUCAAAAUUUUAUAUUCCAAGUCUACCCCUCACUGUCGGUCUACUGCCACCCCACUGCCAACACUUCAUAGCGCCCACCUCUCACCCCCAACCCAACCCCACCACCACACCUCUACCAUCACCGAAUUCCAACACCACCAACAACAAUAAUCCCGAGAACAACUACAAUCUCGUGAACAUAUGUCAAAAUCAGAUUCAACAAUCUCAUAAACAAGAGGAUUUCAAAAUCAAAAAGGAGAAGAGAACAGGGGGCAGAAUUGGAUAUUUGAGAUUCCGAAUCGGAGGGAGCAGAGACCCAGAACUUGAACUGUCUUCAGCCCAGAACUGGAACAGAGGCGAUACGGUGAGCACAGGGAACAGAGGCAGCGCAACGGACUAGCAGUGAUGCGACUAAGUGCAGACACGACGGCAACAAACAGGGACACAAGACGAAACGAACACGAUGGCAGACACGACGGUGGUGGGUGCUGUCGUCUCUGCUGCGUCGCCAUGGAGGGAAACUGUCGCUGCCGCUGGUUUUCCGGAGAGAGAAGAGGACAAAGAUGAGAGAGAGAGAGCAAGAAAACAGAGAGGAGGGGAAAAGGUGGAACGAUCUCUUCUAGUGACUGGCUUCGGGUAUGAUCAUGAUGAUGCAUGGGCCACUAACAUUGACUUAUUUAGAGAGUUUACAGAUGUCAGCAGGGGUGUAAGACGACUUGGUGCGGCUGCAGUGGACAUGUGUCAUGUAGCUUUGGGAAUUGUAGAAGCUUAUUGGGAAUAUCGUCUAAAGCCAUGGGAUAUGGCUGCAGGUGUUUUGAUGGUGGAAGAAGCAGGGGGCGCUGUUUCUCGGAUGGAUGGCGGGAAAUUUUGUGUUUUUGAUAGAUCGGUUUUGGUUUCAAAUGGUGUGCUCCAUGAAAAGGUUAGCCUUUUCUGAUUUUGCUUCAAAUAUCUGGAAAUAAUUUUAGUUGUCAUGUGAAUCGUAAAAUUGGGUCAAUAGCUUUUCAGCUCAUUUAAUUUUGACAAUUGUUUAGGCUUUCUAUAUGCUUUUUAAUGCGGAUAUUUCCUAUGAUGUAGUUUUAGUUUGCUAUAUCUACCACAGUACCACUAGUCUUUGUCAGUCUGUAGCAUAUUAACACAAAAUCAAUCAGGGAGCAAGUUCAUGUGCAGAUUAAAAGCAAAA